AUGCCUCCCAAGACUGCCUUGUUGAGGUUGGCGACGCGCAGCAGCUCUUAUGUUUGCCAUUCCUGCCUCAGCAGCCUUAGCAAACACCCAGCGAAACAGAGUAGCGUGCGGCCCUACGCCAACGAUUCCAAGGGCAAGACUCGCCAGCGCUCCAAGGCGAUAAAGCCAGACUCCGAACAGUCCACCGAAGAGACACGAGAAAAACCAUACACUGUCAAAUAUUUCGAAAAGGAUACAACGGGUGAGGUCCGGCAGUUGCCGGUCGAAGAGGAUGGCGACGAUGUCGACAUGGAGGACAUAAGAGCCCUCGAGGCCAGUGCAUUGGCCAAGAUCGAAAAGUUCGACGCGACCCUGGAGUCGCUGAACAACAAGUCUCGGUUCCUUGAGAGAAUACUGGCAAAGCACGGGCCUAAGGGCGCAGUCGAAGCAUACAGGAGCGUGCUGGAAACCUACGACGCCGAGACCAGCACUACGCCCAUUCCUCUGGUCGUUGAGGAACAAAGUGGCCUGCGCAUGAGUAGAGCUGAGGUGCAAAAGAUAAAUAAAGCCCUGAAGUUCCUCAAUAACUCCAUCGAGCGUUCUACAACCCUCCUCCGGAAGAACCAGCUGGAUCACCUAAACGUCUCGAAAGUAUGGUCAUACUUCAAACAGGCAAGACCUGUCUUGUCCGACCCCCAGAGGAUAGUGCCAAAGAAUGCGUGGAAUGACCUAUGGGCCAUUCUCUCUUGGGAUAGCGAGAAAAACCCUCACCGAAUGGCUCACAUUCGCGGCCUAUGUCAUGCUAUGGUGGAGUCCGGGACAGAAUUGACUGACGAACAGCAAUUGCUACAAAUCGAAGCGGCAUAUUCUGAAGGCUACGAGAUGGUAGCGAUUGAGAAUUGGAAAAGACUUUGUCCGACCCUUGGCAGUAGCGCAUCCUCUGCGAUGGCUUUCUGGGAGCUGGGAGUGCGUUUAUGGUCACAGCGGGGGGAUAUAGGACGCGCGGAAAGGGCAUGUCAAGUUGUUCUCGACCGGGCAAGUGCUUCUACCCUGGCGGACUCCCAAGUGCUCCUGUACCUGAUAAGAGCAUAUGUCACCACGCCAGACCCCGCCGCUGCGGACAAGGGCUUCAAGCUUUAUAGGCGUAUGCGAGAUCUUGCGACAGAGAUCGAAAAGCCUAUGACAAUCGAAGACUAUGACAAUGUUAUCUCAAUCUUCCUCGAAUCGGGCCACCUGGAUUAUGCGAUGUACGCGUUCACGGAUAUGAUAUACUCGGGAACUGUCAAUCUCUACGGCAACAGCAAGCUACCCAGCUCUGUGAGGAACCAAUUCUUCUUCGGCAAGUGGCUGAAGAGGCUCAUCGGUGCCAGGGAUCUCGAUGGAGCCUACAAAGUCCUUGUAUACAUGCAAGAGAAUGGUGUUAUGGCCGCAGCUGUGCAGGUCAAUGGUCUCAUUGGGGCUUGGUUCCGAUCGAGAACAGCGGAGGAGCGCAAAAAAGCUGAGCUCCUUGCCUGGUCCAUGGUACACGCCCGAAAAGCCUUCGUCGAGCUGCGCCAACGAGAAAGCAGUAUAGAAUGGCCCAUCAGACUCUACGACGGCCGGCCCAGUAAUCGGGAGCACAACAGCGGAGAGCUCGACUACACGAUGGUGCCCCGCGCGUCCUCCGAGACUUUCAUUCUCUUGGCCGAGAACUAUCGCGAGCGAGGUCUCUUUGGCCGGCUCGAGGAAUUGUUCGUGGCGUAUAAAGAGUGUGAGAUCGGCGGAGACGCCAUGAUGAUGAAUGAGUUAAUCAUGGCGGCCGUUGAACAGGGAAAUGCCGAAAAGGCGCGGGAGCUGUACGAUUUGAUGGUGCACGAACAUGGUAUCCUGCCUAACACGGACACAUACGCCGUCCUUUUCAAGUCACUACCCAUCAACGCUCUACGGGGCAGGAAACUCACCCAGAUCGCUCCCCACGUGACGGCCGAGUCACAGGAACAAGCUCGUGGCUUCUUCAGAGACAUGGUCAACUCGACCUCGCUGUAUCAAGACAGGCGGCGGACACGUCAUGGUGAGCUGUCGGAGGAGCAGGUGAAGCUGAUGCUGCACAGCUUUCGCAAGUGCGCCGACUGGGCUGGCGUGAUUGUCGCGCUCGUGUGCCUCCGGGAUCUAAUGCGUUUCAACAUCACGCGCAACGUGUUGCUGGAAAUGAUUGGUGAGUACGAGGGGAUAGACCGCCCCUCGCCGCGGACGAGCAAGGUCGUGAUGCGGACCACGAUGAAGCUGCAGACUAUGAUUCACAACAUGCAGAAGAGGCAGCAGGAAGACCAAGCCCAAAGCCAAGGCGACGGCACGGAAACGGAGGCGAACAAGAGCCCGAGCGAGGUCAAGGAUCCCCAUAUACUGUAUAACAUACUGCUGGAGUACUACUACAAGAAGGCGGAACAGGAAUAUAGCGACACCGUGCAUUUCAGGGAUGUCUUCAAGAGAGCGCAGGAGGAGAUGGGCGCUUCCGAAAUCGCUCCAUUGGAGCUCCCUAAGGUGGAAGCGCCAGUGGAUCCCGAAGAGCUGGAAGGAGAGAUGGCAGUCGACGACGGUGAGAUGUACAAGAAAGUGUAA